AUGAAGAUCCUCAGCAAGGAAGAAGAGGCCGCGCACUACAGAGUCGUCGUCAAGAGCGGCCUCAUUGGCGGAGGGGCCGGUCUGGCCAUUGGUCUCGGCGGCGUCGUCCUCGCCUCGCGCCGCUACCACGCCUUUCGCAGCCUGACGCUCCCCUUUCGCUCGUUCCUCGUCACCUCGUCGGCCACCUUUUGCGCCAUUGUCAACGCCGACCGCUGCUCGACCAAGUUUCAGCGCUCGCAGGAUCCCAUGUGGGGCUACCAGGACCGCAGCCAGCGCGCCGCCCAAAUCGCCCGCGACAACGAGUCGACGUACCAGCGCUUCAUGAACUGGGGCAAGGAGAACCGCUACAGCAUCGUCUUCACCAGCUGGCUGGCGUCCAUGGCCCUCGCCCUCGCCAUCGUCGGCCGUGCCCCCAUCAGCACCGCCCAGAAGCUCGUUCAGGCCCGCGUCUACGCCCAGGGCCUGACACUCGCCGUGCUCAUCGUCUCGGCCGCGUUUGAGGUCAACGACGCCAAGUCGGGCAGCGGCCGCUGGGAGACGGUCAUGGUGCUCGACCCCAACGACCCGGAGCACAAGCACCUCAUUGAGAAGCGCGUCCACAAGGAGGAGUACGAGGGUCAGGACCUCUGGAUGGACAUGGUUGAGGCCGAGGAGAAGCGCAUUGCUGAGCGCAAGGCCAACGAGGCUGCCGCGCCCAACAGCAAAAUUGAGGAAAAGGCCGAGGACAAGUCGGAAAAGGUCGACCAGGCCGAAAAGGCUGAUGACAAGUCGGAAAAGGCUGAGCAGACUGAGAAAGCUGAAGCUCAGGCCUAA